AUGAGGUCACUCGGUGGAGGAAGCGGACGGCCCGACCUGCACAGCCGGCCGGAAAACAUCCCAGCGGGGUUCGGCUCGGUUGCACGGCCGCAAGGGAGAGAAGGGUUUGAGCAGGGGCCGGGGGUGGUUACGAAGCAGAGUUUUGGGCUUCUUCGGUUGGAGAUUCCAACUUCCUCAUGGCAAGAUGGGCAGCUUCCUGCCGCAUCAGCGGGCCUGGCCACCGAGAUGCCAAAGCACGCUCAUCGUCGGCCUCGCCUUGGCAAGUCGCCGUUCUCCCCGACCGGCCUGGACGCCUACUUCUCUAGUUUUCAGACAGCCCCGCAACCAUGGGAGACUAGGGAUUUGCGUCCAAAUCUGGUUCAUCCGCCCACAAUCCUGUCUAGCCCCUAG